GGCAGCAAAUCGCGCCAGGCCAGUGCGCAGGAUGUCAGAUCCAUCCCAGCGGAUUUAAAGUCGAUCCGGAUGAUCGGCAGGAUCGAGUGGACCUGUGGGACCGAGCUGCCAGUUGCUCUGUGGUUUCCACUGGGUGAUCACUGGAGGAGGGGGGGCAAAGCAUAAAUAAAAAAAAAUCGGAAUUUAAGAAUUGUGUUAUUGACCAGAAAGGGAAGGAGGAAGAGGUCUGCAAGGAGGACCCAGUUGAUCAAUCUUCCAGAUUACGCACGGUGAAUGUUGGCCGGUGUCUGGGUCUGCAAAGGAGCGACACAAUCAGAUACAAUCAGAAGGAACAGUAACCAAGCAGCAUGGAGCUGAUGAAAAUUGUGUUAUCCCUUCCCAUUCUUCUCUCUCCUGCAUGGACCAUAUCCCGUCACUCCUACCUGGACAGCAUCCUCCCCCCUCAUCCAGCAAAGCAGAGGAGCCUCCUCCCAGCCUUCAGGUUCUUGGAUGAGGCAUUGAGGUUUGAUCCCUGUUGUCUUAUGUCACCUCCUCCACCUCCGCUAUUUCCUCCUCCUCCUCGGCUUUGGAAGAGAGGCACACCUGGUGAAAUGGAUGAAACGCUAAGCUUAUUGCAAUCAAAUGUUUUUGGAGGCGAAGUGUUGGAUAAGAAACAGCCCGUCACUCCUACAUGUUCACCAGGGCCUCCUGGUCCUCCAGGACCACAAGGUCAUCAGGGUGAAAUUGGAUUGCCGGGUUUAAGGGGGCCAAAAGGGAGAAAGGGAGACAUUGGACGUCCAGGGCAAAGGGGCCGCCCUGGCGCUCCAGGUUCUCCAGGGAAACCAGGACUUCCAGGAUUUCCUGGUCCCCAAGGGCCCAAAGGAGAAAAGGGAGAGCCAGGACUCAUGGGUUUACCAGGGCUGCGAGGUCCACCAGGAACAAAGGGUUUACCUGGUUACAAAGGUGACAAGGGAGACCGUGGGGACCGUGGCCCAGUGGGACCAAAAGGAGAUAAGGGUUCAAUUGGUUUGCCAGGGAUGCUUGGACAGAAGGGUGAGGUGGGCCCAAAGGGAGAGCCUGGUGUUUCAGGGAAGAGAGGACCAGCUGGAAGACCAGGGAAAAGAGGCAAACAGGGUAUGAAGGGCCAUUCAGGAGCCCCUGGAGUCAUGGGGCCCCCAGGUCCUCAAGGUCCCAAUGGUCUCCCUGGGCCCCCUGGACCUCCAGCCUCAGGUCUCUAUCUGGUGGGGGAAAAAGGGGAGAAGGGCCUGCCAGGACCACCAGGUCGCUGCAACUGUGAUUCCGCACUCGGAACAAAUAAUGCCCCCUUCGGCAACUACUACACACAGCGACGUACCGGCAAUAAACUCACUGCAAUAUUUGUGGUGAACAAUGAAGAGGAGAUGGGCCGCCUUCAUGUAGAAAAUGCAAUUGUGUUAAGAAAAGAUAAGAGGAUGCUAUAUUUUAAGGAUAAAGACGGCUGGAGUCCAAUACAGCCAUUUCAGCAAUUCCAGUCUACCGAGACCAUCCCAGAGAGAGUUGGUGUAUGUGGGGAUGGGAAGGUUCAGGUCCAGCAUGGGGAGGAGUGCGAUGAUGGGAACCAGAUUGUCACUGACGCUUGUCUCAACUGUAAGUGGGCUUACUGUGGCGAUGGAUACCGACAUGAGGGAAUAGAAGAGUGUGAUGGAAAGGAUUUUGGUUAUCAGACCUGCAAAUCCUAUCUUCCUGGGUCCUUUGGGCAGCUUCAGUGCACUGAGUCGUGCUUCAUUGAUUCUACUGGCUGCAAGUACUUCACCUGAAUACAGAAGGCCUCUCAGAAAGCAAAAAAAUUGUUAUUCAGAUUUUAUCUGAAGUAUCAAAACUUUGAAAAAAAGGGGUGCACUGAAAGACUGCACUGAAGCAAAGCUGUUGUGUCUGCUCUAAGCCAUGAGACGUCAUGGAAGUUAGUGUUUUUGUUUUUUUACAUCCCCUGCAGUUCCCUCUCCUGUCCCACUGAGGUUUAGUCCUGAACGUGCCUCAGAGAACAGCUCCCUUGGCUGCAGCACUGUUAGAGAAACAUCAGAAAAGGCGGAAACCUUUGAACGAUGCAAUGACUGGAUCAUGUUAACUACACUGUUUAAGACUUGCAGACUGUUAAUGCAGAAAUAAGCUAUGUGCUCCUUCAUACAACACUUUUUAAAAAAAAUGUUGCAAUGUAUUUAAAUUAUGAAAACCCAAGGCAUCUGAUGAGGGACCUUACUCCUGUGCAAUGUAUGACAAAAUAUGUAUUUAUGAUGCGCAAUGUUGGUUUUGCAUGCAGAUAUAUAUAUAAGUGCACAAUAGACUGCUUUAUCUGUUAAAUGCUGUUACCAAAAAAUAUCCCUCUAGCAGAGAAGUUGCAAAUAAUCCGACAGAAAACAUGAAUGUCUUACUGCAAAAAAAUGCAAAGAACAUGUAGUUAUUGAAGCAGCAUGAAGUAUGAAUGCAUAAGUGUAUAUUUAAUAAAGUAAUAUCAGUAUAAA